AUGUUCGGCUUCAUCGCCGUGGUGCCUCUGUCAGAGAACACGGAGGACUUCGGGGGUAAAUGUCUGCUGUUCACACGGGGGAUGUGGCAGAACGAGAACAUCACAGUGUCCAAGCAGCGCUUCAUGGUGGAGGAGUGGGGCCCGGAGUCCGCCUGCAGCUUCAUCACCUUCGUGGGCAUCGCGUCCCUGGUGCUGUCCGCGGUGCAGGCCUGGAGGCUGCUCUUCCUCCUCUGCAAGGGCCACGACGAUUCGAUCUUCAACGCAUUCCUGAACCUGCUCAUCAGCUCCCUGGUGGUGUUCACAGUGUUCCUGUCCAGCACCAUCGUGAGCGUGGGUUUCAACCUGUGGUGCGAGGCCAUCACAGAGAGCGGCAGCAUGCCCACCAGCUGCGAGGAAAUGCAAGACAUCGAUCUAGAACUUGGUCUGAACAAUUCAGCAUUCUACGACCAGUUUGCUAUAGCUCAAUUUGGCCUGUGGGCCGCCUGGCUGACCUGGCUGGGCAUCGCGGUCAUAGCCUUCCUAAAAGUCUACCACAACUACAGACAAGAAGACCUGCUUGACAGCCUAAUCCACGAGAAGGACCUGCUGCUGGGACGGUCUCGCCGCAACUCCGACCUCAAGACUGGACUCCUUUAG